CGUAGAAGAGACGCCAUUAGUAGUGGUUGAGAGGGGAGAGCAGAGCGAACCAGCGAGCUUAGGGUGGGGGAAAUCAGUUUGGUCUACAAGAGCUGGGCGAGUGAGAUUUGUUCCUAUUCUGAUUCGUAGGGGAUUCGUGUCCUCGACUUCUUGAUUUCGAUUUGAGACAUCUAAUGUGAUUAGAGGGAGAUACUUCGACUGUGCUACUUAUAUUCCUAAUCAUAUUUAUUUCACCAUGGCGGCUGGCGGCGGAGCAGGCAACAAAACCUACUCUUUCAAGGUGGUUUUGUUGGGAGAGGGCUGUGUUGGCAAGACAUCGCUCGUGUUGCGGUAUUGUGAAAAUAAAUUCAACGACAAACACAUCACCACACUUCAGGCCUCCUUCCUCACCAAGAAGCUCAACAUCACAGGGAAGAGGGUGAACCUGGCCAUAGGCCAGUCACUGUCCAUGGAUACAGCAGGUCAGGAGCGGUUUCACGCGUUAGGUCCCAUCUACUACAGAGACUCCAACGGAGCGAUAUUGGUCUAUGACAUCACAGAUGAGGACUCUUUCCAGAAGGUGAAGAACUGGGUCAAAGAAUUGAGGAAAAUGUUGGGGAAUGAGAUUUGUUUAUGUAUAGUAGGUAAUAAAGUAGAUCUGGAGAAGGAGAGACAUGUAUCAGUUGAAGAGGCAGAAGGGUAUGCAGAGUCAGUGGGGGCGAAACACUACCACACAUCAGCCAAACUAAACAAGGGAAUAGAAGAACUGUUCCUUGACCUGUGUAAAAGAAUGAUGGAGACGGCCCAAGCAGAGGAGAGGGCGAAGGGUAACGGAGCCAGCCAGUCAACGACAUCACGAAGGGGGGUACAGAUCGUGGACGAUGACCCUCAAGCCGCCACGGCCGUGGGGGGCUGCUGCUCAUCCGCUUAACCCCCACCCUCCACAUCCCAACCUACCCCCCCACCUCCACAUCCCAACUUACCCCCACCCUCCAUGUCCCAACCUACCCCAUCCUCCCCUUUCCCCCCUUAAGCAACCAGGACUGUUGCCUCUGCCCUCAGCCUCCCCUCUCAUCUCCCUCCUUAUGACAUGAAGACUGCUGUUCUCCCUCUGAGUCAUCGUACACUUUACUCACUACACUUCUCCCUCUAUGGAACAAUGUGCUGGCUUAUAUACUAUUCUUUAUACUGUAAUAUUCAUUCAUUGGUGCCCCUUCCUGACCCAUCCGUAUGAGACUUCUGACACCCCCUGCUGACCCAUCCGUAUGAGACUUCUGACACCCCCUGCUGACCCAUCCGUAUGAGACUUC